AAAACAAAAGAAGAAGGAGGAGGAGGCCAGGCGGAAGCAAAACAAACCCAACUGCAUUAAGUUAGGCUUGUAGGCAAUUGCGAGAAUUAUUAAAUCACUUGUGUCCUACAGAGUGCAAACAUGGUGUCCAUGGUCCAGAACCAAGAUGUCCAACAGAAAGACUUGGACCAUGCUGUGGUUGUGGCUGUAACGUCCCGGGCACUUUUUGAAUCAGAGACCGAAGAAGAUGAUGGUCCUGCCUACAGAGGAGGUGUGGCUUUUCCUCUGCUACAGGCGCUGCAGAGAGUGAAUGAACAUCUACUGGAGAAAGAUCCUACUGAGUCUCUGCUGUUUGAUGUGGUCUUGAUGACAACCGACAGGCAGCAGCAGCAGCAGAGCUCUGGUUUCAUGAGCAGCACCAGACAUCAUGGUCUUGAAGUUAGCAGGUUUUGUUUUUCAAGUGAAGAGGACUUCGUGGAAAGUCUCCUGAAAAACAACAUUCAUGUGUUUGUGACGACGGAUGAAAACGAAGCGUUCCAGGCCAAUCAAAAAGGUGUUCUGUCGCUGCUGCUGGAUGAGAACUCAGCUUCCUGUCCAUCAGAACAGCUCAGAGUUUUGUUCUGUGAGAACUCUAUCAUCCGGCCCGGUUCUGGUCCAACAUCAUCCAGCAGAGAAGCUGCUCAGACUUUCUCGUCUCAGCUGGGAAAGAUGCGUCAGAAGUUGGAGACGUCCCACAGCCCUCUCUGCUUCACACUCGUCACGUUACACGGUGGGAAGGACCGCUGCUGUGGGGCCCUGAAGGCUCUGAGGUCCGUGGGCGUCAGCGUGGACGAGGCGUACUGCCUGGCCGGGGCCCCGCGGAGCCCCAUCCUGUCCCUGCUCCGACCUCACUUCCUGCUCAGUGACGGCUGCAGCGGCUCGGAGGAUUGAUGGAAGAAUGAUCAGUACCUGUCAGGAAAACCUCUGCCUUUAAACAAGAGUAGAAAUCCUCCGAAGGAAGCCAGAGUUUUAGAUCAUUUUCAUGAAGAGCCAGGCUGCUGAAAGUCCUUCAGUUCAUCCAACAAAGCUGCUUCCUGUUCACAGCUUCCUGCUUCGUGCUGAUUUUUAUUGUACCACUAGUUUUGUGCAGGCUGACUCCUCAUUACUCAUUGAAAAAUAUUCAGCUUUUAAUGCCCAUCUACAGUCUGGAUGUUUUUAAACCAGAGAUUUUCUGCUGUUUGAACACCUGAUUCACGCACAAAUAAAAAACGGAGCUACGGAAUAGUC